GUGAACGGACGACAGCUCGUGGAACGGCGAAGGUGUUGUUCGGCCGUUCGAAAAGGCGUCGACGUAAACGCGAGGGCAGAAAACGAAAAGUAUGGAUCGAAAUAAAUAGACCGAGUAUCGAAUAAAGGGAAGCACACGUUGAGGGGUGGCGAUGCCGGAGUGGAAGGGAGGGAGCGAGCGAGCGAGCGAGCGAGAGAGAGGGAGGAAGAGGGAGAGAUCGCGGCGGUGGUGGAAGCAGUGGCGCCUUUAAAGAUGGCUUCCGUGGGUAGCGCGCCGUGUCGGGAGCAAACGGGAAAAUCGACGAAAAUCCUGGAGAAUUUCGCGAGUAUCGGUUGAAUCGGGCUGUGCUGGCUGGUUCGCGGAGAGGAGAAGAAACGGGUCCGCGAGGGUGUGUGUUGUGCCAGCCCGGGAUAGGAAAAUAUGACCGUGGCUCGAGAAUCUUCGGCCGAUUGAAGAGGGGAAGAGGAGUAGUUGGUCGCGUCGCAUCGCAUCGGUCGGCGUGAUGCGGAGAGAGCAGACGAAUCUAGCCGCGCUCGUCAUACAACCCCGUGUCGAGUGACAGCCGCGCUUACGUAACGGAUUAUUCUCGCUAUGAUAACGAUAUUCCAGCCGCGGACGCGAAACAAGAAACUAUUUUACCGGGUUAUUCGCGGCGCUGGCCAGCAGCAAUCCGCUCGAAAUAAGCAUCGCGACUGACCUGAAUUUCCGCUGUCUCUCGUCCCGAUAUCGCGUGCUACGAGAACGCUCUGCCGUUGUCAGCCUGCUUCUUCUCGUCGCCGAGCCUCGAGAGCUGCCGGGAAACCCAGUCGUCGGUACUUUUCGAGCUGGAAUGAAAUUAUGACAGCGGCGCUCGUCAUGGAAAACGUGAAUUGGGAUCCCGCGUUGUCCAGGCUCCUGAACUCUCUUCAGGAGAACAAAAGCGAAAUACCGAGCUGCACGGACGAGGAGUUCGGCUUCCUCAGCGAUCUGCUGCAGUCCAAGGAAUUGAACGCGUUGGUCAACGUGCACAAUAAAAUUGUGAACAAUGUCAAGGACGACAAGUUCUUCCCGGUUCUAUCCAACUCUAUGGACAUCGACAUCGAGGUUCUGGAUCUGCUGUCGACCAAAACGCACAUCUCGAAAGAGUGCAAGGAGCUCUUUCAUCUUCUCCAAAAGCCGCACAUACAGGGUCUUUUGUGCGCGCACGACGCGGUCGCCCAGAAAGACUACUACCCCCGCUUGCCAGAGAUCCCUCUGGAGGUGGACGAGGACGAGGAAACGGUGAAGAUCGUGCAGUUGGUGAAGUCGAACGAGCCCUUGUGUGGCACCGGCCUUGAACCGAUCGUGGGGGCGACCUUAAAAACGUGCGAAGUCACCGGCAAGAUCGUGAUAGCGCGAAUAAUGCACGGCGGCGCGGCCGAUAGAUCCGGCCUCAUUCACGUCGGAGACGAGAUUUGCGAGGUCAACGGCAUCAGCGUCGAAGGGAAGACUCCAAACUGUGUUCUCCAGAUACUGCAAAAUUCCGAAGGUACGAUCACGUUUAAAAUAGUCCCGGCGGACAGCAAAGGAGGUUUUCGCGAGAGUAAGGUUCGAGUCCGAGCGCAUUUUUCGUACAAGGCGUGGGACGAUCUGUACAUACCUUGCAAAGAGGCUGGACUCGACUUUACCAAGCGUGACGUUCUUCACAUCGUCAGCCAGGAUGACGCUUAUUGGUGGCAGGCGAGACGCGAGGGUGAUCGAAAUACGAGAGCUGGCUUGAUCCCCAGUAGAGCUCUUCAGGAAAGACGAAUUAUCCUCGAGAGGCAACAGAGGGAUCAAACCCGUGACGACAAUAUAAGCUUGUGUUCUGUUCCAGUGCCUUUGCCUUCAUUGUGCCCCCGUCCCAGUACCUCUUUGCACGCCUCGCCCACAAAGUGCAACUUGCAGGGAGUAAAAACUAAAAAAAUCAUGUAUGUAGCUGCAGAGAACGACGAUUUCGACCGAGAAGAGAUACCGACCUACGAAGAGGUCGCGAAGCUCUACCCGAGGCCAGGUCUAUACCGGCCGGUGGUUCUGAUCGGGCCACCGGGAGUCGGCAGGAACGAGCUCAAGAGGCGACUCAUGGCCGCCGAUCCCGAUAAGUACAAGACGCCCGUGCCUUAUACCUCGAGACCACCGAGACCGGGCGAGAUCAACGGCAAAGAGUACCAUUUCGUGACCCGCGAAAAGAUGGAGGAGGAGAUCGCCGCCGGCAAGUUUAUAGAAUACGGCGAGUACAAGGGCAACCUGUACGGUACCAGUUCCGAGAGCGUUAGCUCCCUGAUAAACGCCGGCUACGUGUGCCUCUUGAACCCGCACUAUCAGGCCCUCAAGAUGCUACGAACGCCACAAACGAAACCGUACGUGAUAUACAUUAAACCGCCGAGGUUCGAGAUACUGAAGGAGACUAGGAACGACGCGAAAGCUAGGUCGACCUUCGACGAGCGCAACUCCCGCGGCUUCACGAACGAGGAGUACCACGAGAUCCUGCACAGCGCGGCCAGGAUAGAGUUUCUCUAUUCGCACCUGUUCGACGAGGUGAUAGUGAACGCUGACCUACCGAUGGCGUUCGAGCAACUGGUCAACGCGGUUCACCGAGUAGAAUCGGAGCCGCUCUGGGUACCUGCUUCGUGGGUUCAAUAAGUCUUCUGCCGCGGAGACCCGAAUCGGAAAGGAGAUCUGUUUGUUAUCGAUGCUCCCCAAAAGCAUUUACCAAAGAUCGACGAUGCUUUUCUUGAUGUUUCUCGAGGAAGGUCCUCCGGUAAACCGCGCGUCCGGAUUCCCCUCGUCUACUGUUCUACGAUGUAUCGAGUUGUCAGACACUUCCAGAUAAUACUUUCCACCCGUAGACACGAGCAUGGUUCCUUCGUUUUCCCGUUGGCCCCGUCGCCGCCAAGCCGCUCUUAAGAAAAAUUAUUCGACGGCGCGGGGCUCGACGCCGCGAUGACGGUUUAUCGGACGGUUUUCGGGGGCUUUGAGAGCUUGUUUUUCGGAAUCGUUUCGCCUUUCUGUACCGUGCGUUCGAAAGCGUAGAUUGUUGAGACCGUCUCGGACAUCGCGCGAGAAGCGGACGCUGCGCACACACAGCUUUCGAUUAUUCGCGAUGGUAUCGCGAGCGCGCAAAUGCAAGUUUACUCGUAGAUCGGCGACAGCUCAGGCUACAUCGAGAGGAACGCAAGAACUGCGUUAAUGUUCUUACGUAACCCCCCCUCCGGGAUCAACGAUUAUAAAUGGUACCGCCUGGACGGAUAGCAAAUUUAUUAUGGUAAAAAUUCGAAAAAUCUCGUGAAAUAGGCGCGACCGCGCGCGAGCGUGCGAGCGGGCGCUGCUACCACGCAUGACCUUUGAUCCCAAUUGUUGUUGAUUGUUGCCAAAUAAGUAUCGUACCUAGAACAUGUGGUGGGAAAAAUCACCUCUCACGUUUAUUGUAUUUUUCACUCGAUCAGCAUUGCCACGAUAUCGCUAUUUUUUUCAUAAUUAAAGGGCUGCCAGCGCGAGGAAGUUUUAUGCGCGCUAUCGUGUCGGCGUUGCAUUAAAUAGCGCUCAUCCUCGAUGUAAACUCUGUAUGUUAUCGGAAAUAUAGCAUUACACUUUGAA